AUUUUUUCUUACCUGACUAAUCGUCUUUUUUCUUCUCCGUUUCAUUCCCGCUCGCCGCUUGCGCAAGACUCAUUUGAAUAUCCGUGCGGCGAUGUGUUAAAAUAUUGUUGUGCGUGUCGACAAGUGUUACAGUUGCGCACCGCGACUACGUACAUCUUUUCUUCUCGUGCGAUCGUGUUUUCCUUAAAAUGAUUAAUGUUUGCAUUUGUUAUCUUACGUAACAGUUAUUCGAGCUUUAAAAAAAUAAUAAAGUUCCGUGCACAGACGCAAUUACGCGCAGCUUUUUGCGAAAAACAAUAUAUAAAAUUAACGAUCUCCCAGCCUUUCCCGGCUGCCUUAGCAUGUACGAGUGACAUUUUUUUGUUCGUCGACUGAAGAAAUUAAUAGAAUCUUACGUAACAUAGCAGAGCGCAUCCUCUCAACAAACUUACCAUUGAAACAAAAAACAGAAUUCGACGAACAAAAGAAUAGAGUUGGGAUGAAGGAAAGACUAAAUUGUCACAAGGCAAUGUGAAUGAAAAAAAAAAGUUGAAGAAUUGCAAGAAGAAAAAAAAAGAACCGUGACACGAAGCCAAAAUAUAUAUAAUGGAUCAAGUAAACGGAACGACGCCACCGAAGAAGAAACAAGUUCUCUUUUCCAUCGGCUCGUAUAGCGAGCGCGACAAGCGUGUUAUCAACAAAAUUUCGACAAACGGUUUGUUCGCCUCGGCGACCACCGACGAUGUAGCGGCAAUGCAUUCGCAACCUACGAGGACACUACCGAAGACAAGACCAGUCUCGUUAAAUUUUCUCGACUCGACAACUAAGUAUCGAACGCUACCGGCAAGACACAGGUACAAUGAUGAACUCGCUAUUGAAAAACCCGUAUGUCCACCUUCGUCCGCUUGCAACUCCCCGGCUGUUGAAAACGGACCUAUUGCUGGGAAACCGUCAUUCCCGCCAAAAUUGGCUGAGAGAUCACUAUCACUGGAACCAGAGCAACUGAGGCAUUCAGGUCGCGUAGCAUUAACGAUCGCUGCAUACGAGGGUGCACCUCGUACUCCGACACGUUUAGAUUUCUUACCUCCAGGACGAGUUUCGCGUAGCAGUUCUAAAACGAGUAGUAGCACGCCCUCCACUCCUGGAGAAGAUGUGGAUGGCUCGAGAAUGAUGUUGCAGAACGAACUGGCUGCCACGCUCAAGAGGUCGAAUUUGAAAAAACUCACAGAGGACGAUGUGCUGCAGGAAAAUGGAACGUCAGAUUUGCCACUGGAUAUAAGCCAACCAGUGGAAAAGGAAAAACCAAAUAGUAAAAGGGAAAUAGAAACAUCCGAAAAUGCUGAAACAACAAAUGUAUUUGAAAAGGAAUUGCAAAAAAUUAAAUCAGAAGAGGCACUAAAGUGUGUCAAUUCAACAGAAACACCAGAAAAUAUCAAAAUAACAGAAGAAUCAAAGAACAAUGAAAACACAAAAGAAGUUGAAGGUUCAGAAGAUAAACAACAAAUUAAAGAAGAAAUAGAUGCAGCGCUCACAAAACUGGAAAACAGUACAGAAGAAUCAGGGAUUAUUCCAGUCCCACCACCGAUGCCAGAAGCAGGAAGAAGCACGGUAAAGAAAACAUCACAGGCAGCGGAUGAAGAAACUGGUGAAACAAUUAAAGAAACGAUAGAAAUUGUUGAAUCUAAAGACGAAAUCGACGUGACUCCAAACGGUAGUGUGAAACAGCUGGCAAUUGAGCUUGGCAAAAAAAUGACAUUUAAAGCUGACAUCGAGAGAGUUCCUGAACAAAACGGCAUCGAGGACAAGUGAUUCCCUCUUCUCAUCACGUCGUUGUUAUUUAUAAUUUGUUAAUAGAUAUACUCUUUUGUUUUGUUUCCAGUUAAUAGUUGAUCGCAGAAUCCUAAUUUUUAUUUAUUGUCGAGUUUCAAACUUUGUUGUGUAUAAUACCGAUGGACUUAGAAAUAAAUACUGUCGCUGUCAA